CCAUGGCCAGGCGUAAAUUAAAGAAACCGCAACAAGAAGACACUUCCAUUUUGUUGGAGUCCUCGGUGCCACAGUCGAGGAAGAGGAUAAAAAGUUCGUAUGUUUCACCAGCUCUGUUGUUCCUGAUUGUCUUCACAGUCGGGGCCUCUAUUAUGGGCUGGUUUUGUAUGCAGCAGCAGCAGAGCCUCGACCAACUCUCAGAGUCUUUCACAACAAUGCAGAAGCAGCUCACAAACCUCCAACAGGUGAUGGAGAUGACAGACGUACAGACUGAUACAGGUUUUGAUGUGGAGGAGAGGAUCUUUGCCCUGGAGGAGGCUCAGAAACAGGCUCAGGAGAAAGCCAAGGUAGCCCUGGCCACAUCCGAGAAUUUGAAGAACACUGACCUCUACUCGGAUCUUUGGGCUCUCAAUGAAGAGAUGGAAUCUCACUGGGCUGAAAUACAGCAGGUCUCUCUGUCCAUCACAACUCUCCAGGCCAUGUUCAAGAACCAGAGUGAGGAGUUUGAGGCCGUGAAGGAGAGAGUAGCCACCACUUUGAGCUCUAGCUCAGCAUUGGCUGAAAAUGUGGCCGGGUUGACCAGUGUUGUGGCCAGUGCACGCUCCAGAGUGGACAAGCAGGUUGCAUCAGUGGAGGCUCUUAAUGCACAGUUAGGGGGGCAAUCCUCUGAGCUGAAUGAGCUGAGAGAGUUGCUGUAUCUUCAUAAUGUUGCACUUUAUACAAACAACCAAGAGAUGACUGCGAUAAAGGAGCUUCUGGAGACUAAGCAGGCCAUGCGUGCCCAGGCAUUAGAGGAAAUGCUCAGUUCAGUGCAGGUGACUCUGGAUGAGCAUUUUUUCACUUCACAGAACCUCCACAGCAGCGUCAUGGCUCAGCUACAGACUUUUCACACCCAGUUGGCAAAUGGUCCCUCUAGGCCAAUGAAACUUAAGUCAGAUGAGGAGGACCCAGUAGUAGCAGCAGCAGUGUUCAUCUCCACAUCAGCACAGGAUGCCAGAGAGGUGCAGGAGAAGAUAGAAGAUGUUGAGGAAGAGGCUGAGCAGCAGGGUACCCAAGAUGGAGCAGAAGAAGAGGCAAAGGAGGAGGCCAUUCAGGAAGCACAGCCACUGGAACAGGAAAUGGAGCAGGGUGUUAUGGAGGAGCAAGAAAUUACACCAGAAGAGCAAGAGGAAGAAAUCACACCAGAGGAGGAAGAAGAAGAGGAAAUUACAAGACAGAGUGAGAAGCAGGAGGAUGCUGGCAAGACAGGAGAAGAGGAGGUCUCAGAGGAGACUACAGAGGGUCACAUUUUGGACGAGUCUUUGGAAGAGGAGUUGUAUGAAGAGGUUGUGGAAAGCUGGGAUUCUGCAGAGGAAGAUGAAGAGGGCGAGUAGUUGUACUUGAAAUGCUCCACUAGAUUGAACACCUGUAAAUCAUUGCAGUUCAUCAAUACUUUCUAUAUUUGACGAGACUGUGAUUUUAAAGUCUUAUAUAGAUGAAUGAGAACCAUUUUUAUAUGCAACAAAUGAAUUGUAACAUUUGUUUAACAUUUGUUUUCACAUGGGUGGUGUUGACUGAUGUAUGUGUCAGAGCAGUUAUACAUCACUGAAAACUGUAAGGCUUGUAUUAGUUCUGUUUUGUUUUAUGGCCCCUACACUACUCCUUAGUUUGAUGUAGGCCUCUAUAGUCUGAAUUUAAGAUGCACUAUGUCCUCAUUAAAAAUGAGUUAAUUUUUUAUACAUUUAAGCCAUGCCAACAAGUAUUAUGAGUACUGUUGUUAGUACAAUAUACAUUUUUUUUAAAAUGUGGGAAGGAUUGAAAAGAUAAAACAUAAAUAAACAGUGUUCCUGGGUCUGACUUGAAAACAGCUCAUCAUAUAUGACUGUUAGAGCAACAGGUUACUGAAAGGAAAGUAUUUAUUAAAAUGACAAUUUAUGUAAAGUGAUUUCUGCAAACUUACUGUAAGAUACUGUGGUAGAAUUGACCAUUUCAUUUAGAUCAACAUUUUAAUCAAUGAAAUUAUACAUAAAUUGAGAUUAAACUGAUUA